ACGUAAGUUAUUUUAUUUGUUACAAUUUUCUUGCCUUCCUGGGCUGUAUAUUUUCUUUAUUACUGGAUGCUACUUCUAAUUUGAAUCUCUUUUUUUCAUGAUCGCCACCCUAUGCUGUUCAAUAUCAGAGUGGAUUGGAGUAGCCACAUGGCGCUGGGUGGCUAAUGAUGACAACUGUGGUAUUUGCCGUAUGGCAUUUGAUGGCUGCUGUCCCGAUUGUAAAAUACCAGGAGAUGACUGUCCCUUAGUUUGGGGUCGUUGUUCCCAUGUGUUCCACAUGCACUGUAUUCUCAAGUGGCUCAAUUCUCAACUACAUCAACAGCUGUGUCCCAUGUGCAGACAAGAAUGGCAGUUCAAGGAAUAACACUUAAUUUUCAAGCCUGCUCUCCUUCAGAGUCAUAAUUUGACCAACAGACCUGAAGAAAAUUGAAAUUUCUAACAGCUGUUAUUUUGUCUAUUGUACAGUCACAUUGCCAAGAUCAGUUUGUAUAUUGUAAAUAAAGUCCAUUUUAAAAAAA